ACUGUUGAUCUCCUCAUGCAAGAGUCAGGAUGUCGUUUAGAACAUCCUUCUGCCACCAAAUUCCGAAAUCAUGUCAUGGAAGGAGACUGGGAUAAGGCAGAAAAUGACCUGAAUGAACUAAAGCCCUUAGUGCAUUCUCCUCAUGCUAUUGUGAGGAUGAAGUUUUUGCUGCUGCAGCAGAAGUACCUGGAGUACCUGGAGGACGGCAAGGUCCUGGAGGCACUUCAAGUUCUGCGCUGCGAGUUGACGCCACUGAAAUACAACACGGAGCGCAUCCAUGUUCUCAGCGGCUAUCUGAUGUGCAGCCAUGCGGAAGACCUCCGGGCAAAAGCAGAAUGGGAGGGCAAAGGAACGGCUUCCCGAUCCAAACUGUUGGACAAACUUCAGACCUACUUACCGCCAUCGGUGAUGCUUCCCCCUCGGCGUUUACAGACUCUCCUGCGGCAGGCGGUGGAGCUACAAAGGGAUCGGUGCCUAUAUCACAAUACCAAACUUGAUAAUAACCUAGAUUCUGUGUCUCUGCUCAUAGAUCACGUUUGCAGUAGGAGACAGUUCCCGUGUUACACUCAGCAGAUCCUUACGGAGCAUUGUAAUGAAGUGUGGUUCUGUAAAUUCUCGAACGAUGGCACUAAACUAGCAACAGGAUCAAAAGAUACGACCGUUAUCAUAUGGCACGUUGAUCUGGACACACACCUGCUAAAACUGCUUAAGACGUUAGAAGGACACGCGUACGGCGUGUCUUACAUUGCGUGGAGUCCGGAUGACAACUAUCUUGUUGCGUGUGGCCCAGACGACUGCUCUGAACUCUGGCUCUGGAACGUACAGACGGGAGAGCUAAGGACAAAAAUGAGCCAGUCUCACGAGGACAGUUUAACAAGUGUGGCUUGGAAUCCAGACGGGAAACGCUUUGUGACCGGAGGCCAGCGCGGCCAGUUCUAUCAGUGUGAUUUAGAUGGUAACCUCCUUGACUCCUGGGAAGGGGUCAGAGUGCAAUGCCUCUGGUGCUUGAGCGACGGCAAGACGGUUCUGGCGUCAGAUACACACCAGCGAAUCCGGGGGUACAACUUCGAGGACCUUACAGAUAGGAACAUAGUACAAGAAGAUCACCCCAUUAUGUCUUUUACUAUUUCCAAGAAUGGCCGGUUAGCUUUGUUAAAUGUAGCAACUCAGGGAGUUCAUUUAUGGGACUUGCAAGACAGAGUUUUAGUAAGAAAGUAUCAAGGUGUCACGCAAGGGUUUUAUACGAUUCAUUCAUGUUUUGGAGGCCACAACGAGGACUUCAUCGCUAGUGGCAGUGAAGAUCACAAGGUUUACAUCUGGCACAAACGUAGCGAACUGCCAAUCGCAGAGCUGACAGGGCACACGCGCACAGUCAACUGCGUGAGCUGGAACCCACAGAUCCCAUCCCUGAUGGCCAGCGCCUCCGAUGACGGCACUGUUAGAAUAUGGGGACCAGCACCUUUUAUAGACCACCAGAAUAUUGAAGAGGAAUGCAGUAGCAUGGAUAGUUGAUGGCGAGUGUGGAGCAGACGGCUUCUGUUUAACUUAAAAUUAGUCGUAUUUUAAUGGCUUGGGAUUUGGUGCAAACAAACAUGAUUGAUAGCUGGACAGACAUGCUCGUCAUGAAAAAAAGAACCAUUUCUGAAGCCCGAUUGGGGCCAAACAUUUACACCUUGCUUCAUAGUAACCAGUUGAGAUGAAGCACGUCGUUAGAACGUUGUUGGACGCCAUGUUGAAUCGCCCCCAUCGGUUGUGAAGGACUGUGCUACAUUCAGGCUUACCCACCGAACUCCGUAUAUAUAUUGUUUUCCCUCCUGCCUUUUGUCUGGUGGGACACCAUUCUUGUUGCUCUUCUGUGUAAUGAAGUUUAAAUGCUUGUUUGGAAAACUUUAUUUAACAGUUUAGAAGGCUUGAUAGAAGGAGUGCAUUAGUCUGAAGAGUACACAUUGGAUAGGAAAGAAUUUCCUUCUUUUGUUUCUCCAAAUCUUUCCGCCUUAUUUAGCUUGAGAUCUUUGCAGCUUGGUUCAUGGAUUCUAGCCUUUGCCCGUUGCGCAGUAGAUACUGAUCCAGAUGACAAACCAGUGAACUAUGUCAAAAGCACUCUCAAUAUUACAUUUGACAAAAAGUUUUGUACUUUUCACAUAGCUUGUUGCCCCGUAAAAGGGUUAACAGCACAAUUUUUUAAAAAUAAAUUAAGAAGUAUUUAUAGGAUUAAAGUGACUUCAUUUGUAUACAUUUGGAAUCUAAACCAGCUUAAAAAAAAAGUUUCCUCUAUGACUUAAGAUACGCAGUAAAACUGACGCUCUUCCGGAAUCCCACAUGAGACUUGGUCAGAAACACAGCUUGGAAGGACAUUACACAGGAAAUCCAGAGUAACCCCUUGGAGGUUUCCCCCCUUUUGUUUUUGUUUUUUUUUUUUCCCCGAAGGAACAUCAGUACCUGAUGUGGAAGAAAUUCAAGAUUCCAAAAGAGAAUUUUAAGCCUAUACCAACAGGAGAGUUCGGUAGUGAGUCAGUG